AACAGAUGAUAGAGCCAACAGAUCAAACUGAAUUGUGGAUACAGAACAAAGAGUCUCUAGAGCAAGCUUACACCAUGGAACUGGAUGUAUUAAAACGGAAGCAGAUUGAGCUUCCUGGCUUGCCUUUGAACAUGGACAAGUUUGUAGUGCGGCUUCCUAAGGGAGACGCACCUAAAAAAUCGAAGACAGACGAAAAGGUGUACAAACAGACUACAAUUGAAUCUCUACGGCGAGUGGUUGUUAUUGAGGACAUCAUGCGUUACAAGUCAAUGCUGGAGCUGCCAGAACAGAGCAAAGACAACCUGCUGACUGCCCUGAAAGAGCUGAGUAAGAAGGUCCCUUCCAAAGAGGUGCUCAAGUCCACGAAAAUAGGUCACACUGUCAACAAAAUGCGAAAGCAUCUGGAUCCCGAAGUAAGUUCAAUGGCAGCAAAGGUUUACACGGACUGGAGGACGUUCAUCGAGGAGAAUUCCAAUAAGCCAUCCAUUGAAGUGCGCUCGGACAAACAGUCUGAAGGACUCAGGAGCAACGCUAGAAGGCUCAUGUCUGAAGCACUAGAGGUCAAGGAAGAUUCUGGUCUUAUAGACAACAUCGAGAGGGAAGUGUUUCACCAGAGCUCCCGACUGGUCAGCACUUCAUACAGACGGACUGUUAGAGCACUCGUGUUUGCCUUCAAACACAACCCUGAGGUCAGAACUCAGGUGAAGAACAGCACAAUAGCAGUCAACAAGCUGGUCUCUAAAUACAAAAAAUAACAGAAUAAUAAACUAUGUAGAGCCAGCUGUAUAUGGAAAAUAGUUUUAAUAAAAUUGGAGAAGGAUUUUAUGCACACAUUUUUUUACAUUUUAUUUUUUAUUGUUUUCUUGAUUUUCUGUAAAGAAGUUAAAAAAUAUCUUUUUGUGGCACAUCAGUAGCCUUGCACUUUUUGCAACUGCACAUGAAUCAUUGUAAAGAAUACUGUAGGUGAUGAUAUUAAUGCUAUUCCUUUUUGUAAUGUAAUAAUGUAGGCAUUUUUUUUCAACAGGUCCAUUGUUUUUUUUGUCUUGUAAAUGAACAUUUUUAUACGAAACAUGAUUUAAAG